GGUGUAAGGAGGAUACGUCUAAUAACUCAAUCGCUGUAAGCCUAUUGUUAUUUUUCUGAUAUUAAACAUCUCUCCAGGCUCAGAUUGAUUGCAAUGUUCCUUCUACUUCCUUUCAUCGUUCUGAUAGAUGUCAAAGACUUCGCACUGACUCAAGGCAGUACAAUCCCUCCUUUGUGCCAAAAAGGGUAUUUUCCCUGUGGGAAUCUGACCAAGUGCUUGCCCCGGGCUUUUCACUGUGACGGUGUGGACGACUGUGGCAACGGCGCAGAUGAGGAGAACUGCGGUGACACUAGUGGAUGGGCAACCAUAUUUGGCACAGUCCUUGGAAAUGUUAAUAACGUGACAUUAACACAGGAGUGCUUUUUAAACCAGUAUCCACAACACUGUGACUGCAAGGAAACCGAAUUGGAAUGUGUAAAUGCCGGCCUGCAGUCUGUGCCUGUGAUUUCCACCAACGUGACACUACUGUCUCUAAAGAAAAACAAAAUCCACAGUCUUCCAGAUAAAGUUUUCACCAAAUACAAAGAACUUAAAAAGAUAUUUCUUCAGCAUAAUUGCCUUAGACACAUAUCCAGGAAAGCAUUUUUCGGAUUAUAUAAUCUGCAAAUAUUAUAUCUCAACCACAACUGCAUUACUACUCUCAGACCUGGAGUAUUCAAAGACUUGCAUCAGCUAACAUGGCUAAUUCUAGACGACAAUCCAAUAACCAGGAUUUCUCAGCGGUUGUUUACUGGAUUAAAUUCCUUGUUUUUCCUAUCUAUGGUUAAUAACUACUUAGAGGCCCUUCCCACACAGAUGUGCACCCAAAUGCCUCAACUCAACUGGAUGGACCUGGAAGGCAAUCGAAUCAAGUAUCUUACGAACUCCACCUUUCUGUCCUGCGAUGCGCUCACCGUGCUGUUUCUGCCUAGAAAUCAAAUUGAUUUUGUUCCAGAGAAGACAUUUUCUUCAUUAAAAAAUUUAGGAGAACUGGAUCUGUCUAGCAACAUGAUAAUGGAGCUACCAGUCCACCUGUUUAAAGACCUGAAGCUUCUCCAAAAACUGAACCUGUCAUCCAAUCCUCUUUUGUAUCUCCACAAGAACCAGUUUGGAAGUCUUAAACAACUUCAGUCUCUAGACCUGGAAAGGAUAGAAAUUCCAAAUAUAAACACAGGAAUAUUCCAACCCAUGAGGAAUCUUUCUCACAUUUAUUUCAAAAACUUUCGAUACUGCUCCUAUGCUCCCCAUGUCCGAAUAUGUAUGCCCUCGACUGACGGCAUUUCUUCAUUUGAGGACCUCUUGGCUAACAAUAUCCUCAGAAUAUUUGUCUGGGUUAUAGCUUUCAUUACCUGCUUUGGAAAUCUUUCUGUCAUUGGCAUGAGAUCUUUCAUUAAAGCUGAAAAUACAACUCACGCUAUGUCCAUCAAAAUCCUUUGUUGUGCUGACUGUCUGAUGGGCAUUUACUUGUUUUUCAUUGGCUUUUUUGAUAUAAAAUACCGAGGGCAAUAUCAGAAGUAUGCCCUGCUGUGGAUGGAGAGUUUACCGUGCCGCCUCAUGGGGUUCCUGGCCAUGCUGUCCACCGAAGUCUCUGUCCUGUUGCUAACCUUCUUAACCCUGGAGAAGUUCCUGGUCAUCGUCUUCCCCUUCAGUAACAUUCGUCCUGGGAAGCGGCAGACCUCGGUCAUCCUCAUUUGCAUCUGGACCGUGGGAUUUUUAAUUGCUGUAAUUCCCUUUUGGAGCGAGGAUUACUUUGGAAACUUUUAUGGGAAAAAUGGAGUAUGUUUCCCACUUUAUUACGACCAAACAGAAGAUAUUGGAAGCAGAGGAUAUUCUCUUGGAAUUUUCCUAGGUGUGAACUUGCUGGCAUUUCUCAUCAUUGUGUUUUCCUACAUUACUAUGUUCUGUUCCAUCCAAAAAACCGCCUUGCAGACAGCAGAAGUGAGGAAUCACAUCGGAAAAGAGGUGGCUGUUGCAAAUCGCUUCUUUUUUAUAGUGUUCUCUGAUGCCAUCUGCUGGAUUCCUGUAUUUGUCGUUAAAAUCCUUUCCCUCCUCAGAGUGGAAAUACCAGGCACAAUCACCUCCUGGAUAGUGAUUUUUUUCCUUCCAGUCAACAGCGCCUUGAACCCGAUCCUCUACACGCUCACCACCAGUUUCUUUAAGGACAAGUUGAAACAACUGCUGCAUAAACAUCGGAGGAAAUCCAUUUUCAAAAUUAAAAAAAAAAGUCUAUCUACAUCCAUUGUGUGGACAGACGACUCCUCUUCAGUUAAACUUGGGGUUUUGAACAAAAUAACCCUCGGGGACAGUAUAAUGAAACCAGUUUCCUAGUAAUGGCUUUGGAUCACUGGACUUUCAAGGGUACCUAAAACAGGUACAGCUUUGGGAAGAUAGCGACCGCAAUGCUUUUCAUCUUGGUCAGUGGCAACCCUUCGGCACAGCGGACACAGUGGAAUAAGUGACUUCUGGCCCUGCAUUCUGGUGGCAGCUCUACUAUGCAUGAACUGGGCUGGGAACGGCACUGAAGGACUCUUCUCCUCACCUUACAUGCCUGAAACACACAGUGACUCCAGAGAGGGUAGGCUGACAUGCCGUUGACCUCUAGCUACUCAGCACCACCAACCUGCCCUCGAAUGCCCACAUGUAGACACUCUAUGUUCUUCAUUUUACAUUGUUUCACUGUCCUUAAAGUACAGUCACAACAUCUUAUUCCAGGGUGGCCAUGAUAACAUAAAUCUAACAUCUCUUUCCUUGCUCUCAUAGUAUCAAACCAAAUUAUUAGCAUCCUGUGGAUGCUUGGACAGCGAAGGAUUUCUGAAGAUGUUCCACCUACCCCAAGUCUUACCUACAGAGGCUGCUGGAGUAGCAACUUUGAAAGCAGAACUUCAUACAAAGUUGCCAUGUCUAACAGAUCCAGAAAGGCCCAUUGAUGACCCCUAGUACCAUUUGCCUUUUUGGCUUCCAUUUAAGCUCAGAAGACCUAAGAUACUUUGAAGCAGAGAUUAGAUUUUUGACUAUAGAUGCAAUGACAUUGACUUUGUGUUUCAUUUUGCAUUUGUAUUUAAAAAUGAAAAAAAAAAAUACCACUAAUAAUUCAAAAAGAAAGAGCUAAGAUCUUAAAAAGGAUUUUUUUCCUAAAGUUUCGCUGGGUACAAAGGAAAAUUGGGCACACCAACUGCCAACAAGCGUAUUUUAGUAUUUUUAAAGUAUAAUUUCUUUAGAGCAGUAUUUCUAUUGAUGGUAACUUCUGCCUUCAUAGAACACACAGGCCACAAGUCUUGAAGGAAAUUAGAACAGUGGGAACAUUUGUUUACUUGGAUAAAUCCCCUACACACACUUAAAAAAAAAAAAAGAUCAGUACAGUUUGGAUUUGUUUUUCAAAAAUGAAAAAUGCUAGUGAAGGCCUGGAUAUUUUUAUACUAAAAGUUUAUAUGUGGGGAAAAAAAGAGGUAAAUAAAAAUAUAUUUUGCAUUUGUCCAUAUAUUUUUUAAAGUUUGAUGAUAACCAUGAAUAAGGUUUAUUGACUGUUAAGCAUGUUUCUCCUGAUAAUGAAUAUAGCUGGGAAGCGCUGAGUCUCAUUAAACAAGACACAUCUCACAUUUUUUUUAAUAUAUAUAUAUUUACUUUUAGUUGUCAGUGGACCUUUAUUUUAUUUAUUUAUAUGUAGUGCUGGGAAUCAAAAAAACCAGUGCCUCACACAUGCUAGGCAAGUGCUCGACCACUGAGCCACAACCCCCAGCCCACAUCUUACAUUUUAAACCCAUUUCUUCACGUUCACUGCAUUAUGAGUUUCCUUUAAAGAGAUGAAACACAUGUAUCUGACCAGGAAUGCCACAGCACCUAUAUUAGGGUGAUGAAGAUGCCCUUUUAUCCAGUGCCAUCCAGGAUACAAAGUAACUCAGAGUUUGUGUGUCACAGCCAUCCUGGUCAUUUACUUCUUUACUUAAUAUUGACUAAUGUCAUAAUGUGAGUUCUUUCAUUUUGAUCAAGUCAUGUAUUUCUUCCAGAGGUGAAAUCUUCCCAUGAGGUUCUUCGAAAUGUCGUUCCUACCCUUUGACUAGGCGGCCCUGUUUUCUUAUAGUUUCAAACAUUUCUCCCUCUUUUCUCUUCGAUAUGAUGAACUGCUUCAUAACUUGCUCUCUGGAUUCACUGACAUUUUAUGCAAUGCCCUUCGCCAGUCCUUGAUCCCUGUAUGGUUUGGAUCUUGAAUGUCUCCCAGAGGCCCCUCUGUUCACAGCUUGGUCACCAGCCUGUGGCGCUGUUGGGAGGAGGACAUGGAUCUACUAAAGGAAGGUAGGUCAUCCGGGGCGUGCUCUUGAAGGACUAUUGGGACUCCAAACCCUUCCUCCCUCUUCCUGACUGCCAUGAGGUGAGCAGGUUUUCUCCAUCUGUUCACUUCUGCCAUGAUACACUGUGCCACCCCAGCCCCGGAAGCAGCAGAGACAAGCAGCCAUGGACUAAAACCUCUGAAAGUAUAAGCCAAAAAAAUCUAUCUUUCUUUAUUGUUUAUCUCAGAUAAUCUUAUCACAGUGACAGAAAUCUGACUAAGAUGAUCACCAGAUGAUUUAUUUCCUGACUCAUUUCCCAACAGCAGGAGCAUAAAUAAGGGAUUGACCCUAAGCCUGUGGUAUUUCAAUUUUGGUACAAAUAUGUAUCUCCCAUUUUUGAAAAGCACUGUCCACAGCCC